AUGUCAGCAAAAAACGCGGGGGAAUCGGAGGAGAUCAGUGGCCAGAGUGCCCUUCCUAUUUCUCGCAUUAAGAAGAUUAUUCAACUAGACGAUGAAAUUGUGCAAUGCUCGAACAACGCGACUUUCGUCAUCGCCAUGGCCACAGAAAUGUUCAUUCAAUAUCUUGCCGAGCAGGGCCAUAAUGUGGUCAAGUCAGAAAGGAAACCACGCAAGACUGUGCAGUACAAAGAUCUAGCUACGGCUGUAUCACAUAUCGACAACCUCGAGUUCCUCGCCGAUGUGAUCCCUAAAACUACGACCUACAAGCAGUUCAAGGAAAAGAAGGCAAGGGAGACAACACAAGACUUGGAGAAGGGCCAACGCACAUUGAAUGGCGCCACAUCAGCGGCAAAUGCGAAUGGCGGUCCACAAGAGGAAGGUGUAACACAUCCAGAAGAGCCUUUACAAUCACCCACAGCGACUCGAGUUCCUGUCAGCGUCCUGAUCGCUGACCGUACUGUUGAACAAGACAACGAUGUUCAUAUGCAAGGUUGA